CAGAGAUACCCCAGAGAGGUGUCCCCGUCCUCUGUAUUCCCAGGAUUGUACAGAGGAGAAUCACAGGAUCCCACAGGAGGAUCAGGUACAACGUCUGUCUGAUAUUAAAACAGAAGAUAUAGAGGGAGAAGAAGAGACGUAUGUGACUGAUAUAAAGGCAGAAGAUAUAGAGGGAGAAGAAGAGACGUAUGUGACUGAUAUAAAGGCAGAAGAUAUAGAGGGAGAAGAAGAGACGUAUGUGACUGAUAUAAAGGCAGAAGAUAUAGAGGGAGAAGAAGAGAUGUAUGUGACUGAUAUAAAGGCAGAAGAUAUAGAGGGAGAAGAAGAGACGUAUGUGACUGAUAUAAAGGCAGAAGAUAUAGAGGGAGAAGAAGAGACGUAUGUGACUGAUAUAAAGGCAGAAGAUAUAGAGGGAGAAGAAGAGACGUAUGUGACUGAUAUGAAGGGAGAAGAAGAGACGUAUGUGACUGAUAUGAAGGCAGAAGAUAUAGAUGGAGAAGAAGAGACGUAUGUGACUGAUAUAAAGGCAGAAGAUAUAGAGGGAGAAGAAGAGACGUAUGUGACUGAUAUAAAGGCAGAAGAUACAGAGGGAGAAGAAGAGACGUAUGUGACUGAUAUAAAGGCAGAAGAUAUAGAGGGAGAAGAAGAGACGUAUGUGAGGGGUGAUCAGCAGUGUAAGGAGGAGGAGAUCCCUACAGAUAUCAGCACAGCAGAUGGACACACAAGCAGGAAUAUCUCAGAAGGACAUCUAAUGUUAUCCCCAGAUUGUGAAAUAAAAGAAAAUGACAGUAGACCGGAUUCUCCAGGAGCUAACCCCAUUACCCCAAUUAUACAUCCAGCUCUAUCAGCUGAUCCCUCUAAUCCUGGGAAAUGUUCUCCUGAUCACUCUGAUAUUGGUGCAUCUGUUACAGCUCUGACUGUAGACACAGUGUUUCUACGUUCUAUAGAUGCCAAAUGUUUUACACAGAACUCAAAACCUAAUAACCCACAUACAGGUAAGGUAGGUGAGAGGCCACUGAUAUGUUCUGAGUGUGGGAAAUGUUUUACAUACAAAUCGCAUCUUGUUAGACAUCAGAGAAGUCACACAGGUGAGAAGCCAUUCUCUUGCUGUGAGUGCGGGAAAUGUUUUACACAAAAAUCACAACUUGUUACACAUCAACAAAGUCACACCGGUGAGAAGCCAUUUCCAUGUUCUGAGUGUGGGAAAUGUUUUGCACAAAAAUCACAACUUGUUACACAUCAACAAAGUCACACAGGUGAGAAGCCAUUUCCAUGUUCUGAGUGUGGGAAAUGUUUUGCAAACAAAUCAGAUCUUGUUAUACAUCACAGAAGUCACACAGGUGAGAAGCUGUUUUCUUGCUCUGAGUGUGGGAAAUGCUUUACACGGAAAUCACAUUUUGUUAGACAUCAGCAAAGUCACACAGGUGAGAAGCCAUUUCGAUGUUCUGAGUGUGGGAAAUGUUUUGCACGGAAAUCAGAUCUUGUUAAACAUCAGAGAAGUCACACAGGUGAGAAGCCAUUUUCAUGUUCUGAGUGUGGGAAAUGUUUUACAUGGAAAUCAGAUCUUGUUAUGCACCACAGAAGUCACACAGGUGAGAGGCCAUUUCCAUGUUCUGAGUGUGGGAAAUGUUUUACAAAGAAAUCAGAUCUUGUUACACAUCAGAGAAUUCACACACAUGAGAAGCCAUUUCCAUGUUCUGAGUGUGGGAAAUGUUUUGCGCAGAAAUCAGAUCUUGUUAAACAUUACAGAAGUCACACAGGUGAGAAGCCAUUUCCAUGUUCUGAGUGUGGGAAAUGUUUUGCACUCAAAUCAGAUCUUCUUAGACAUCAGAGAUAUCACACAGGUGAGAAGCCAUUUUCUUGCUCUGAGUGUGGGAAAUGUUUUUCCCUGAAAUCACAUCUUCUUACACAUCAGCAAAGUCACACAGGUGAGAAGCCAUUUCCAUGUUCUGAGUGUGAGAAAUGUUUUGCAUACAAAUCAGAUCUUGUUACACAUCAGCAAAGUCACACAGGUGAGAAGCCAUUUCCAUGUUCUGAGUGUGAGAAAUGUUUUGCAAACAAAUCAAAUCUUCUUAGACAUCAAAGAAGUCACACAGGUGAGAAGCCAUUUUUAUGUUCUGAGUGUGGGAAAUGUUUUGCACACAAAUCAGAUGUUCUUAGACAUCAGAGAAGUCACACAGGUGAGAAGCCAUUUUCUUGCUGUGAGUGUGGGAAAUGUUUUACACAGAAAUCAGAUGUUCCUAGACAUCAGAGAAGUCACACAGGUGAGAAGCCAUUUUCUUGCUCUGAGUGUGGGAAAUGUUUUACACAGAAAUCAGAUCUUGUUAUACAUCAGAGAAGUCACACAGGUGAGAGGCCAUUUCCAUACUCUGAGAAAUAAAUAUCUUGUUGCACAAAAUAGACAUCACUCAGGUGAGGAACCAUUUUAAUAUUCUGGAGUAUACUCAUCAUUGCCAUGCGUUGUU